AAUUUUUUCCUGUGUUUCAAAAUGGCUAAUGACGAAAAUGAAAAUGCAUCGACCGAAGAUGAUGACGUGCCCAAAAGGAGGGAACGAAGGGAUCAGGGGCAGCAGUCAGAGCCCACGAAGAUAACGUAUUACGCUGAGCCGGAUAAAGUGGACGUUGCAGUUCAGGCGGAUUCGUUGGAGACGGUCAAGGUGACAUACGUCGAGCCGGAUGACGAGGUGUCUUCCCAUGGUUUCUUUUGGGGCAAGAAGCGAUCGGAAACAUCAUUGCCACGACGAUCGUGGGAGACGGAUGACUACAUAGACUUCGAUGAUCUCCUGCCGAUGAUCGGCCAGUUUGGCCGUUUCCAGAUCAGGCUGUUCCUCUUUAUGAUUCCUUUCUGCUUCAUCACCGCCUUCGUGUAUCUGGGCCAGAUAUUCAUGUGCCUGAGCCCAUCGAAGUACUACUGUCUUGUGCCGGAACUUUACGAUACGCCGAUGGAGCUGCGCAAGCAGUUGUCCAUCCCAAAGGAGAAGGAUGGCUCCUACAGUCGCUGCCGCAUGUACGACACCAACUACACGAAGAUCCACUUGGCAGAGAAUCAGGCUGCCUAUAUCAACACCUCGCUGUCCACGAUUCCCUGCCGGAAGGGUUAUGUUUUCGAGCAGGAGGGCAGAGCCUUCACAUCGGCCACCAUGGAGUUUGGCUGGCUGUGCGAGGACGACAAGUAUGCCACCUAUGCCCAGAUCAUCUUCUUCCUGGGCUCGAUCUUGGGCGGACUUGGCUACGGCCACUUUGCAGAUCACUGCGGACGGGUGGCGGCGUUGGUCAGUAGCUGCUUCCUGGCUCUAAUUGGCAGCCUGGCCACCUCGAUGUCCUCGGACUUCUUCAGCUUUGCAGUUUCCAGAUUUCUAGUUGGCGCCUCCUACGAUACCUGCUUUACGAUGGUAUACAUUCUGGUGCUCGAGUAUGUGGGCCCCAAGUACCGCACCCUGGUGGCCAAUCUAUCCCUGGCCCUGUUCUACUCCCCAUUCACGAUGCUGAUGCCGUGGAUAGCGCUUUCCGCGGGAAAUUGGAGGAGAUUUUCCUCAUUUACAUCCCUUCCCAUUGUGCUGGCCAUGUUUUCCUUUUUCCUGCUGCCCGAAUCUGCGCGCUGGCUGGUAUCGGUGGGUCAGAUCGACAAGGCCAUGGAGAUACUGAAGAAUGUGAUCGAGGUGAACAAGAAGUAUGUGUCCCAGGAAGUACUUGACCUUUUCGAGGCGAGCUGCACGCAGUUCUACAAGGAGGAGCUCAAUGGACGCGACUUUACAGUGUGUUCCAUCUUUAGGGGGAAGCGAAUGGCCCGCUAUAUGAUCCUGAUGAUUGUCAUCUGGAUGGCCAUUUCCUUGGUCUACGAUGGACAUGUGCGGGCGGCCAGUGUCCUGGACAGUGAUAACAUCUUUGUGUUCUUCACCAUCGCUUGUGCCACCGAGUUGCCGGGUAAUAUCCUGGUGAUCCUUACACUGGAUCGCUGUGGACGUCGUUGGUGCUCCUUUUUUUACACUUCGUUGAGUGGAGUUUUCAGCCUGGUAGGGGCCACCUUGCACAAGCGGGAAUAUAUGAGGAUAUCGGCGCUAACUGGUAGAUUCUUUGCCAACAUCUGCUAUAAUAUAGGACUGCAGUGGGCCGCCGAGAUCCUGCCCACUGUGGUGAGGGCUCAAGGAGUGGCCUUUAUCCACACGAUGGGCUUUGUGGCGAUGCUGAUGUCCCCACCAGUGGUCUAUCUUUCCAAAAAGUCCCUAUCCAGCACGCUGGUCGUUUUGGGAGUCCUGGGUAUCUUUGGCGGACUGCUGUCCCUGUUUCUUCCGGAAACUCUGAACCACGAACUGCCGGAAACGCUCAGUGAUGGCGCCGAAUUCGGUAAGAAUCAGAGGAUAUGGCAUAUGCCCUGCUGUGGCCCGGGAUCAAGAAAAUCCCAUCCGAGACACAACUGGCACCAGGGCUCCAGCUUGAGGACCUUAUCCAAGGACGAGUUCCGCUCCAGCAAAAUGUUUCGCAAGACGAAGUAUAGGCAGCAUGAGGCCAACCCAAGUCGAUCGUCGAGUGAGAGGGAAAUCCGUACCUACAAAUAUGGAAACGGGGCCAAGUGGCCUGAAGAUAGUAGCUGA